CAAAUACCAAACAUAAAGCAGAAUAACACUCAAUAUAAUUUAAGAGACCCAACAAAGCAACACUAUCCUGUUCAAAGGGAAAAAAAAUGACUCAACCAUUCAACUUUCUAGCUGAAAAAAGAUAUGCAGUGGUAACAGGAGCAAACAAAGGAAUAGGGCUAGAAAUAUGCAAACAACUUGCUUCUCAUGGAGUGGUGGUACUUCUAACAUCAAGAGAUGGAAAGAAAGGAUUAGAAGCCCUUAAUGAUCUCAUCAAAUCCGGAAUAAGCGCCGAAAAUCUUCUUUUUCAUCAGCUUGAUGUUACUGAUACCAUGAGUAUUGCUACUCUUUCUGGUUUCAUCAACUCUAAAUUUGGCAAGCUUGAUAUACUGGUGAACAAUGCUGGGACUAUUGGAAUUAAGGCUGACUUUGAUGCUUUAAAAGCAGCAGGUUUUGGAACAUCAUCAGGAUUACCGGACAAUGUUGCUGAGAUGAUGACACAGACAUAUGAGCUUGCAAAAGAAUGCUUGGAAACAAACUACUAUGGAGUAAAGAGAACCACUAAAGCUUUGCUUCCUCUCCUCGAGUUAUCAGACUCACCAAGAAUCAUCAAUGUUUCCUCUGGUGCGGGGAAGUUGAAGAAUAUACCAAAUGAGAGAAUCAAACGAAUCCUAGGCGACUCAGAGAGCCUUACAGAAGAACAAGUAGAUGAUAUUCUGAACGAGUUGAUGACAGACUUUAAGGAUGGUUCAAUUAAAGAGAAGGGAUGGCCUUCUUUUAUGACAGCCUAUAUAGUGUCAAAGGCAGCUUUGAAUGCAUAUACACAAAUAUUGGCCAAGAAAAACCCAUCAAUCAUCAUCAACUGUGUUUGCCCUGGCUAUGUUAGGACAGAUAUCAAUGGAAACACGGGAUAUUUAACAGUUGAAGAAGGGGGUGCGAGUCCAGUGAGAUUAGCAUUGCUUCCCCAUGGUUCUUCUUCUGGUCUUUUCUUUUUAAGAAAUGAAGUUUCUUCAUAUGAAUAAAAGGAAUUUCAUAUUCAAGCCGAUUUCAGAUCAAAUGAUUGUUUUCACUGAAUGUAACCAUAACAAAUGUAUGAAUAUUUUACAUUACAUAUCUACAAGUUUUCCAUUCAAGCUUA